UACUGUCAACUGGCCAAAUCUUAAUGAAAAGCAAUGGACGUUUCUGUUAUAUACGAGGUUACGUUAUUGAAAAAGUUUGCGCAGUCGAGAAAUAGCGCGUAAUUUGAGUGAGAAAAUGAGGUAAUUUGAGUGAGUAAAGCGUUUGCUUCACGCUUCUUCGGUCCAAGUAUGUUAAUGUUUCAAUAUUGUGUGAUUUAUAUUUUCUACUUUCAAUUGCUAUGAAGGUGUCACCUCCAACGUAGUCUCGCAAAGCCAGACCAAACUACAGCAAGUACCUCCAACGCGAUAGCUAACUGCGGAUACAGGUCAUUGUUGACAUCGCUUCUGAUUGGUCACCUUCACUCAGGCUUCUGAUUGGUCACCUCACGCUGACACAAUCCAACAUGGCGGCGCCCGUGCGGCAGCUUUCUCGUUCUUCGGAUAUUCUGCUUAAAAGGAGCCAACUUAUUUGGAAAGGAACCCAGCGUCUUCUUUCAAACGGAAGAGCCCCUGCUCCCCACUUCCUGCAGGCCCGCUCCCGACUCCUCCCCCUGCUGGUUUUCUCAGGUACUGGCUACCUUGGUUAUGACCAAUAUGGCCGUUACCAGGACCGACGAUUGGCAGAGCUUGGGAUAGAGGCUCCGCCCCCUCUUGCCAGCGAUAAUCAGGUGGCGUUGUACCGCAGCAUCCCCACUCGGCUGGUGUCGCGGGCGUGGGGUCGUCUGAAUCGUGUUGCUCCAGCAUGGCUCAGGAAGCCAGUCUAUAGGCUCUAUAUCUGGACCUUUGGCGUCAACAUGAAGGAGGCGGAGGUGGAGGAUCUGGCUUCUUAUCGUAACCUGGGAGAGUUCUUCAGACGACCGCUGAAACCCCACACUAGACCUGUCUGUCCCUCUAGCUGUGUGAUCAGCCCAGCCGAUGGGCGUGUCCUCCAUUGUGGGCGCGUCGUGAACGGAGAGCUGGAGCAGGUGAAGGGUGUUACCUACAAGCUGCAUGACUUCCUUGGACCAAUCACCUGGGGCUCCACCCCAAACACAGGAGGCCACGACCCCUCUAUGCCAGACCCGGCGGCCUUCGAGGAACAACUCCUGUGUAGCCCUGGCAACCAGCUGUACCACUGCGUGGUGUACCUGGCCCCCGGCGACUACCACCGCUUCCACUCCCCCGCCGACUGGACCAUCGAGCACCGCCGACACUUCCCCGGUCCACUGCUGUCGGUGAGUCCCAGCGUGGCCAGGCGUGUGCGCUCGCUGUUCUGUGUAAACGAGCGUGUGGCGCUAGCCGGCCGCUGGCAGCACGGCUUCUUCUCAUUGGUUGCCGUGGGAGCCACCAACGUAGGCUCCAUACGCAUCUACUGUGACCAGGAGCUGCAGACCAACACACCUCGCUACACCACCGGCUCCUACAACGACCGCAGCUACACCAGCCCGUUGGCCGCCUCCCCCUCCAGCCCGCUGGCCGCCUCCCCCUCCAGCCCGCUGGCCGCCUCCCAGGAGGAGCUGCCGGGGAUAGGCUUGGCGUUGAGGAAGGGGGAGCCUCUAGGAGAGUUUAACCUUGGCUCCACUGUGGUCCUUCUCUUCGAAGCUCCGCCCGACUUCUCCUUCUCCUUGAGACCGGGCCAGCCAAUCCGCUUCGGCCAACCCCUUGGCAGCCUGUGAUUGGUUGGGAAGUAACACGCACCAACAAAACGUCUAACAACUCUCUUAAUUUCCCCGGACGUUAAUUAAGUCCAUCUUCUUCUUUGGGUUUGGCUUAGUUUGUUUCUACUUUACAACAUAUUUAAAUACCAAUCUGCUGCAAGUACACCGAUAUAAAUACCGAUCUGCAAGUACAAUGUAUUUCAAUACUGAUCGGCUCUCAGAACACGUUCAUUUUUACCUCUUCCGAAGAUGAUGGUCGAAUUCUUUGUUAAAUGUUUUAUUUCUGUUGUUCUCUGUGUUGACAUAAUUCACCUCAAUGUCAAUUGUGAUUCAAUCACAAGGCUAUAAUUUUGGUGGACUGUUAGUCAUUAAUAAUGUUUUCAUGAAUGCCAAAAAUAUCCAUGAAUAAUUAUGACUAAUUUUUCUUUUUUUAUCCCAAAAUUGUGUUUAGUUUAUUUAGUUUAAGUUAAAAUCUAUUUGUUUGUGAAAUAUGAAUAUGUAAAUACAUACAAUAAAAACUUGUUGGGGCCGUGUCCACCGAGCUGUUUUCUCUGAGAGCCGGCAUCUUUUAUAAUUUGUGGCCGCGUAAGACAAAGAGCAAUCGAUGUUUACUGCACAGCCAAUCCGCACCCCCUCCCUCCCCAACUCACCCAUACAACAUGGGA